AUGAUAAUUGCUGCAGUGGCAGCUCUGUCUGUCGGUGCACACGCACAAGCUGCUACCGCUUGCUGCACCAACCAUGGAGACUGCACGACCAUUUCCGGCACAACCGAUGGCCUCCACUGGUGCUACGGCUACCAUGCCGGGCAACAUUCCCUUUACAGAGGAUGA